AUGACAAAGGACAUCCAACACCACCUCAAAUCAUGUAUCCAAUGCGCGCAAUUCAAUCCACAACGACGAAAAGCACCUGGACAUUUAAAGCCAAUACCAUCCCCAAGCGGCGUUUGGGAAUUACUAAGUAUGGAUUUCCACGGCCCGAUCACACCGUCAUCAAAACGUGGCAACAAAUAUAUAAUCACCAUCACCGACGUCCUCUCAAAGUUCGUUAUAGCUAAAUCCGUGCGGGAUUGCUCUGCAACAACGGUAGUCCAUUUUUUAAAAGAAGAUGUCAUUACCAAAUUCGGUACACCCAAGUGCAUUCUAACGGACAACGGCACACAUUUCACUGCAUUAUUAACGGAAGAACUAUUUAAACAAUUCGGUGUCAUCCAUUUGUACACGACACCCUACCACCCUCAAACAAAUGGUCAAAUUGAAAGAUUUAACAGUACUAUGGAUUCAAAGAUUGGAGCACUUUCAAACCAAAAUAAAAGUGACUGGGCCGAACAAUUAUCCUUCGUUAUUUUCAAUUAUAACAAGUGA